AUGCCCAUAAAUAUCAAAAAAGAGAACGAUAUUUCAAAGAAUCAUGAGAUCAAUCAUAUUAAUGACAUUGAAAAUUUUAUUGAAAAAAGUUUAACAAACUCGCAAUCAUCACAUAAUCCCCCUAUUAAAAAAUCAUUAGUAAAAAGAGUUCCAAGAACUUGGGCGUUUUUCUAUUAUGAAAAUGGGCAUCAAAUGUGUGGAAAUUAUUGUAUUGUUACUUUUAGCAUCUUGGGAGGAAUAUUAUUAUUGAUAAUAUUAUGUGGUAUUUGUUCAUGUUAUAGAAUUAAAAAGACUUCGGGAGUUCAACGUUCAGAAACAGGAUUAAAUGACAUGGCACUUUCAUCAAUCUUUACGGAAAUAAAGAAAAACAAAAAAGAUAAACGUGCAAGAUCUGAUAUAAAAAAUGAAAUAUUAAAAACAAUAUCAAAAGCACAUAUACUUAUAUCUCAAAUGGAUUUACCAAUAGAUAACAUAGAAUAG